AUGUCGCCUCUCAUCAGUGUUUGCCUCAUCAUGCGAAUGCGACUGCGAUUCCGAAGUCGGACUUCAGAUGACUUGAUCAUGCCACCCUCACUAACCGACUUCCGCGUCCUCUCCUUCGACUGCUACGGCACCCUCAUCGACUGGGAAACGGGUAUAUUCAACCAACUACAAAACUUUCGCUCGCUCCUGCCCACCACCCACAAGUUCCAGAACCGAGAGGAGCUCGUGGGCUACUUCACCAAGCAGCUCGCGCUCGAAGCGGAGCAGCCGGAAACGCCAUACAACCAGAUCCUAUCCCAAUGCUACGCCUCGCUCGCCAUCGAGGCAGGAGUCGAAUAUAGCGAUGACGAAGCCGACCUGUUCGGCAAAGGCGUGGGAGAGUGGCCUGCGUUCGCAGACACGAUCGCUGGUCUGCAGAUCCUGAAGCAGCGUUAUAAGCUCGUCAUCCUGUCGAACGUGGACAACGACAACAUGCGCCGCACGCUCGCGGGGCCUUUGGCGGGAGUCGACUUCGACGGUGUCGUGACUGCGCAGGAUGUCGGCUCAUACAAGCCGGACCAUAGGAAUUUCGAGGCGUUGCUGCGGUAUAUCGAGCACGAACUGGGACUUAGUCGCGGAGAGCAUCUCCAUGUCGCCAAGAGUCUGCCGGUGGAUCAUGUGCCUGCGAAGCAGCUGGGUAUUAAUAGUGCGUGGAUCGCGAGGGGCGAGGACGGGAACAGUGCGAUGGGUGGGAGACUGGAGGAUCUUGCGGAUCGGGUGGCGUUUGAGCGGAGGUUUGCUUCGAUUGGUGAGAUGGCUACGGAGGUCGAGGGGUCGUUUUCUGAGUAG